AUGCCGACUUCUAUCCUGGUCCCCACUGGUACUGGGACCCAGGGCAGAAUCGCGGUAUCUGAAUUUCUCUCCCGCGGCCAUACAGUGCAUGUCUUAGUGCGCAACCCAUCCUCUGAUGCCGCGGAGGUACUGCAGUCGCAAGGAGCCAUCUUGCACCCCGGAGAUCUCGACUCGAUCGACUCGAUCGAAGAUGCUAUGGAUGGUGUAGACUCUGUCUUUGUUUCACUUCCUGCAAACCCGUUUGAUACUGCCGCGGAGGAAAGAUACGGCAGGAACGUUAUUCAGGCCGCCAAGAACAAGAAAAUCAAGACGUUCAUUUACAGUACCGUGGCACGCACGGGCGAGCACGAGAGCUUUCCUGGAUGGAACGACGACUAUCCGCUCGCAUGGUAUUGGAAGACCAAAGACCUUCUUGAAAAUGAAGUCCGCAAUGCCGGAUUCCAGUACUGGACUAUCCUUCGCCCCGCUGUUUUUAUGCAGAACUUCACCAGGCCAAUGGUUGAGUACCUUCACCCAGGACUUACAGAUGCACGUGAGCUUCGCGUUAGGUACAACCCCGAUACAAAACUCGACAUCGUGGACGUGCGUGAUAUCGCUAGGUUUGCAGCCGCAGCAAUUGAAGCACCGGACAAGUUCUCAUUCCAGCACAUUGGUCUUGCAGCGGAGUCGCUUACAGCGGAGCAGCUAGCCGAUCAGCUCGGCCAGAUUAGUGGUACAAAAAUCACGGUAGUCUAUACUACUGAGGAAGAGGCAGAGGGACGAAUCGCAGCGGGAGACUUUAUGCCCAGCUCUCAGGCUUGGCAUCGGGACUUCGGCUAUGGUGUUGACAUCGAGGCUGCGAAGCAGUGGGGCGUUCCCUUGACACCAUUGUUGAAAUCACUUGAUAAGGAGGUGCUUGGCAAGUUGCAUGACCAAAACCAAUGA